AGCCUACGUGGUAAAAAAAAUAUUAAAAUACUUUCAUCUUUAUCGUUUGCUCAAAUUGUUCUUUUAUUCAUCCUAGGCGAUUACGAAGUCCAGACAUUUUAUUUAGUUUUAGAGAGGAGAAGAUCAUGAUCGUAUAGAUGAUUUAAUAUCUCGAAAAUCGCUAAAUGCUAAACCAGGAAAAUGUCAAGGUUGGGGAACGCUUACUCGGAGACACAUUUACGUUCAAGUGUAUUUACGAUCUUGUAUUCUAAAUGAGGCCGACUGGCUAUCAAGUGCCUACGUUCCACUUUUACUGCGUUCUUUCUAUCAAAUGUUAUUACGUUCUAAGCAGCAUAAUUACGUCUGACAGCGAUGACAAAACGAUGACUUUAAUGAAUGGACCCGCUGCAGUAAAAUUGUCUAACAAAUUUAUAAUGUUGCAUGUAACGUACAGAAUAUUUUAAGAACAUUUUCUCGUCAUAAAUUGCAAGAAUCCUCACAUUUUCGAUCUGUGCUGAUAUAUUUGAUCGAUUAAUAUUUGUCAUUUUGUCACAUAUUCAACAUAGAACAAGGACGAGAAUAAUACAUCGCGUAUGCACAGAGAACCUGCGUGUCGAAAACAUGGGCGAGAGAAAUUCCAGAAGAGAAGUUUGAGAAAGCGAGAAACGUGAUUGUGAGCAUUCCAAUAUGUUUGAGCAUAUGUGUGUGCACAGAUGAGUGUUUAUCCUUUCGGUGAAAUGCAAAUGCGUUAAAAGUGUCUAAAAGGCGGAAUUGCAUUAGCACUACAACAAAUUUCUAAGUAUUAACAUAUUUCAGAGCUCCGUCUCGCGCGCCUUCUUUUCUUCAUCGCUUCUUUACUGAAAAUUUAGAACUGCGUCAGAGAUAGAAAUCUCCGAGGCAUUAAACCGAUAGUCGUAGAAUCUUAAAUUUACAGCGCCUGAAAUGUCAAUACACUAAUAAUAUCUUCGAUCCUUAAUAUUAAUUAAUCUGGAUUCCGCGAAUGGAUGUAGAUAAUCUCUUAGGAAGUUCUAAACUUAAUCCUUACACACUGCAUUAUUAUUUAGCUGUUCAGCCAAGCGUACAAUGCAUUUAUGCAGAACGCUUGAAAAAUCUUUGAAUGCCGGAAGAGUUCUUUAGCUAUUCCAGACGUCCAUCAUGAUUGCAUACGCAAGAGUUGCACAAGUUUUCGUGAAACUCAUAACAUGCAUUCGUGGAACAGCGGUACCAGUAGACGCGAGAUAGAGAGAAAUUGUACGACGCAUGAUCGACAUGGAGAUAUGAAGGAGAUUACAGUAGGCAGCGAGACAAUGAAGACAGGACAAUCGCAACUCGUGAGAGGUGUUCAUGUUCGUCAAAGAGUUAAGGUCCGUUUAGCGGUAAAGUGGAAAGUGAAGGUAUAUACCAACACAUUGGCAAUGAUGUUGCAUUCACGAUGUGUUCUUUCAUUCUCUCCCAAGGUACAACAUUUCCUUCUAUCGUCCAGACGCACGCACACGUGCGAUGACACGUGUGUGCACUCUUUCGCUCUCUAGAUACAUACAUACAUACGUUAUAUACGCGUGAAAUAAAUCUUAUGUAAACGCGAGUGAAACCACCGACGUAUCGAAUUUGAUCGGCGCAUCCAUGUCGUCUUUCGAUUUCUAUGUUUUAUUUAUUUAUUUAUUUUUUCGUUCUACUACGGACUGACUGAAAAAUUUAGCUCACUGGGUUCAUGGAUUUUUAUCAUAGAUAAAGAAGAGAAGAAUUUUCUAAAUAAAUCAAUUAAUGACUA